GGCUUGCCGUUGCAAUUUUGCAGAUCUGCUGCGUCAUCUAAUUUGCCAGGCCUAAUUUGGUUAUCAUUGUCCAAUUUGCUUUAAUUCCUUUUGCUAAAUCUGCGACAGCUCAAAUCAGAUCAUCAAGAAGAAAAGAAAAGGCCGUAAUCAAGGAUCUCAGAAGCACUUCAACCUCGGACUCAGGACCUUUCUCUUAAUCAAUGGCUGACAUUGUAAGCGCAGUCAUUAAUGUAGUCAGCUGCAUUUGCAAUGCUCCAACUUGCAAUUAUAUAGACAGCCAUAUAAAUUUUGAUGACGAUGUGGAAGAGCUUAGAAGGAAUUUGGCAGAUCUAAACAAUAGAAAACAAGAUAUAGAAUCAAGAAUGCUAGAAGUUCGCCUAGGGCAAGUGGUCAGACAAGAAGUGCAAGGCUGGAAUCAGAAUGUACAAACCAUCAACGUUGAAGUGCAAGCUCUUUUAGAAAAGGUGCAUAGAGCUAAGUGGUACAAGCGUGCCCAUCUUGGUAAACUUGUUCGUAAAAAAAUUGAUGUGGUAAAGGCAAUCUAUGAUCAAGGUGUUUUUUCUGAAGGCCUUGUAAUUAACAGAGCUACAGUUGAUCAUGGAAUUAUUAUUCCAACAGACAAUUUAGUGGGUGAAAUUUCUACCAAAGAUGAAAUUUGGGGUUACCUGAUGGGCAAUCAGGUUGGAAUGAUUGGAGUUAUGGGGAUUGGUGGAGUUGGAAAGACUACAAUCAUGAAGCAUAUUAAUAAUGAAUUGUUGAGGGGGAAUCACAUGUUUCAUAAAGUGCUUUGGGUCACUGUGUCUUACCCUCUUAAUAUUUUUGAAUUACAAAAGAAUAUUGCUAGUGCUAUGGGAGAAAGACUUCCAGAAUAUGAGCAAGAUCAGGUGAGGCGAGCAGCAAAACUAAUAAAAAUAAUGGGAAGAUGGAGAUAUGUGCUGAUAUUAGAUGAUGUUUGGGAAAUUUUUUCUCUUAAGGAUGUUGGAAUCCUGGAACCAUCAGAGGACAAUGGUUGCAAAGUAGUUAUCACUAGUAGAUCAGCUGAUGUGUGCAAUUAUUUGGGUUGUAAGAUUGUUAGAGUGCAGUGUCUUUCACUUGAGGAGUCCCUAAACCUAUUCCUCGAUAAAGUUGGACGUGAUGUUUUACAAGUUCCAAAGUUGGAAGAAAUCUUGAAGCUUAUUGUGGCGGAGUGUGCAGGGUUGCCACUUGCCAUUGUUGUUAUAGCGGGGAGUAUGAGAGGAGAAUAUGACAUUCAUGUGUGGAGAGAUGCACUCAAUGAAUUACGUGAAUGUGUGAAGAGAGUGAAAGGUCUGGAGGAUGAGAUAUUUGAGCGUUUAAGAUUUAGUUAUGAUCGUCUAAGAAGUUCAGAAGUCCAACAUUGUUUUCUUUAUUGCUCCUUGUUUAAGGAAGACUACCUGUUUUAUGGAAGAAAUUUGAUAGAAGAAUGGAUUGAUGAAGGACUGAUUGAUGUGUUGGCAAGUCGACAAGGAGCUUAUGAUAGAGGACAUGCUAUUUUAAAUAGGCUUGAAAAGAAUUGCCUAUUAGAGAAAACUGUUGAUCAAUCUGGUAAUGAUGGUUUUAAGAUGCAUGAUGUAUUGAGAGACAUGGCUAUCAAAAUCAUUGGUCCAGAAUUUGGAUAUGGGGCAAAAGCUGGUAGGAAAUUGUUAGAGGUACCAGAUGAGCAUGAGUGGGUAAAUCUUAAGAAGAUGUCUCUAAUGGCCAAUGGAAUAUCAAGAAUUCCUUUUGGUUUGUGCCUGAAUUGUUCCACUCUUUCAACCUUGAACUUAUCGGAAAACCCUUUGUGUGAGAUCCCAGGAUCCUUUUUUGAAAGUAUGUCAGCACUUAAGGUUCUUGAUCUUUCUGGUACUGGAAUUGUGGUCCUACCUAAUUCCAUUUCUGGAUUGGAGAAUCUCACUACCUUGCGGUUACAGAGGUGCGGGAGGUUAGAGUAUUUUCCUUCCAUAGGGAAGCUUAGGGCAUUGAAGAAGUUGGAUUUGAAGGAGGCAAGGAUUAAGGAGGUCCCUCAAGAAAUGAAGAGUUUAACAAGUCUUGAAUAUCUUGAUUUAUUUUGUCCAGGUUUGAGAGAGCUGCCAACAGGAAUAUUAUCCAACCUCUCGCGUCUCCAGUACUUAAGGGUAUAUUAUGGUCUUGACUCAUCAGCUUUAAAGAUUGAAGGAAAAGUGGUUGCAAGAUUGAGCAAGUUAGAGGCUAUAGUUGGCCGAUUCUCUGACAUAGAGGACCUCAAUUAUUUUUCUGAAUCUAAACAUUUUGAAAGUCUUUGGGCCUACAGGCUAUUUGUGGGAUCAGAAGAAGAUGUAGGUGCGUUUUUGAACUUCGCAAGACAUGAUUCCGUAGCUAAACAUUUAAUUUUUAGUAAGUGCAAUAUUGGAGGAGAAUGUGUAGUGAUUCCAAAUAACCUGGAGACAUUGCAGAUCCGUUUCUGUUGCUGGGGAAGAAGCUUAAACAACUUGAUGUUGUUAGAAAAAGAAAUGGAGUUGACUUCUUGUACUAUUUAUGAUUGUCAAGGCAUGGAGUGCCUGUUUCACUUGAACUCAUCCUCCUCAUCAUGCUAUCCAGUACUGGACAAGCUUGAAAUUCUCCACCUAUAUUCCAUGCCAAGCUUGCAAGUACUUGUGAGCGUGGAAGGAGUAGCAACCCCACCACAAUUCUUCUCCAAUCUUAAAGAUCUUUCUAUAAAGUGUUGUUCAAGAAUAAGGAAGUUGCUUCCACUUGAGCUACUGCAGGCCCACCAAAACUUAGAGAAGAUUGAAGUUUCUGAUUGUGAAGAAAUGGAGGAGAUAAUAGCAUCAUCAGAUUUAGAUGCAUCAUCAGAUAAAUUCAUUUUUCCCAAGUUAAGGGAAUUGAAAUUGAUAAAAUUACCCCAAUUGAAGAGCAUCUGCAGUGGUAAAGGAGUUAUUGUUUGUGAUUCUAUUGAGGAUAUUCGACUAAUUAGAUGUCCAGAGUUAAAGAGGAUGGCUGUGCAGCUUCCUCUGCUUGACAAUGGCCAACUAUCUCCUCCUCCUUGUCUCAGAGAAAUAUUGAUACACAAAGACUCAAAAGAAUGGUGGGAGUCAGUGGAGUGGGAUCAUCCUAACGCUAAGAAAGUACUUCAACCUUUCUUGAAAUAUUCUAUCUGGUGAUUAAGGUUUGAAGUGAACAUCAAAGGGAGUUACAGUUCCAGUCCAGUGGCUGUCUAACUUUUCAGAAAUUGUCACUUGUGAUCCCAAGUUCCCAACAACACAUGCCAGUAAAAUCCUUUCCUCGUCCAGUUCAGUGUCCUCAAGAAUCAUUGCUGAAAAUUACAUCCUCAAGAACCAUUGCUGUGCUCUUUCACUUCAACUACUAUUGGUGCUUUUUCAGAUUGUUGCAGCUGUGAACUCUGCGAACUCUGGAUGGCCUGCCUUUAAUGAUAAUGGUAGAUGUGUUGGUCUUGCAUUUCAAUCUUUGAAACAUGAAGAUGUGGAGAAUACUGGUUAUGUCAUUCCAAGACCAAUAAUAGCAUGCACUUCAUUCAGGAUUAUGAGAAGAUUGGGAAAUAUACAGGUAUUUUUAGGUCUAGUGCUCUUUCUACUUGGUUUGUUUUAGAAUUUGUGUGUGUAGCUUCAUGAAUAUUCAAGUUUGCUCAUUUCUUAUUACUGUCUUGUCCUCUUUGGCCACUUACACGGUUCCAAGGUUCCUAAUCGUUGGAAUUGAGUAGCCAAAGAAGGAAAAUCCUGAUUUACACAUGGUAGUGGGAAUGAAAUCAGAUUAGACGGGUGCUUAACUGUUCAUAUUAGCUAAUAGCUCCAGAAUCUCAUGUUCUGAAGCCAUCUGAUGUUAUCCUCAGUGUUGAAUGUUGUUGGUGUAAAUAUGGCUAACGAUUGAACAGGCUGAACAUGAACGUUGGAAUUUACCAUGCAUUUCUUGUGGUUUUCAAAUCUUUGAGAUAGAGGUAGGGAUAGGCUUAGUUAUGCGCUAUCCUCCAUGAAAGGAGGGUGGGCAACCAUGGAGGAUGCUGUGAGUAACCAAUUAAAUCUUUUGUGCUCUCAAUGUGUUUUAAGAAUUUAGAUGCUUUAUUUCCAAUAAUACUUGCAUCUCUUCUCCAUUAGAGAUAUGUUUUACUUUAAUAGUAUUAUUUGUUGUCAUAGCAAGCAGCAGCAUAUCCUAUCUGGGUGCAAUUACUUUUUUCUUUGGUAUAUAUGAUGAUGACGAUGGAUGUUGAAAUUGAAUGGCUUAAAUAAGGUAGCUGUACAAUU